AUGUCGGCACUCGAUCCAAACGCACCCUCACAGCCAACCGAGCAGGCUUCGGUCAACCAGGCUGGCAACCCUGCUUCAAAGACCUCCGCCGAGCAAACUGCGUCCCACGAAACCCCGAACGCUUCCGACAAAGUCAUUGACCGCCGCACCCCCCAUGAUGUGCCCUCUCAACAUGGCGAAGCUGCACACCCAGGCGCUCGAGGAUCUGGAGCCCGCGGGCCACUGACAGAGAAACUGAUUCCAGAAUCAGAUGCGCAAAACUACGCAAAAGGUGACAGCAACCUCGAGGGUGAGCAGAUGAGGAUGCCAGGGGAGGGCGAUGUGGCGCGAGCUGUACGAACAGGUGGCGGAGGCGGGCACGGCGAACAAGACUCCCUGACUGAGAAUGUUGGCAAGAAAGAAGCCGAUCAUGCGCGCGAGCUCCACAAGCGAGGGGAACGGACCGGUAAAGAGAUUGAAGAAGAGGAGAAAGAAGACUGGACCGGCAGGAAGGCAGACAUCGCAAGUGCCCUGGGUGACGGGAGGGACGGGUCACCGAAGGUUGUUCUCGCACCCGAGGAAUAG